GCAGUACAGGGGAACGGUGGAACACGUUUACUUUUGCCCCCUAUAUGUAUCUGUAUAUGUACAUAUACGUAAAGUUGAUAAUCCAAGAGCUGUCACCGAAAUCUGAAUCAUAUUCCACUUGAUCGUGCAAAUUUACUAAAGAUUGCCAAUUGUUUAAAGUCACAACAAAGGAGUAUUCUCUUUUGUAUGGAGCAUUCUCCAUACAAAAUGUUAGCCUUGAAAAGCAAUAAAUAACAAAGCUGCCAAAAAACCAGAUCAGCCAUAACCAAAAUAGUGUCCGAGUGACUUCUAACCCGCAAAACAUUUCUAGAAGGCAAAGCAUAGAAAUAUUCUGCAAAUUUGGAUGCACUUUGUGACACAGGCUAGUUCAAGAAUUAUUGAACAGUUGCAUUUUUAAGUACAAAAACUAAUGUUGAUCACAGUAAUCGUACACAGGGUAUUGUAAAUAGACCGACUAGGUCUACGCUUAUUUUCUCACGUUUGACACUGCUUUUCAUUCCACGCAAAAUCUUUUCCGAUACUGCCUUUAAUGCUCUCAAUAGCGUAUGCUGUACUGGCAAGUGCGAAACGGAUUUAUUUUUACUUAUUACUGUACUCAAUCUCAACCAGAGCUGUUUGUUGCAAACUUAAUUCGAUUCAUUUCUGUAAAUGUUCUGCAAAACGAUGAUUUCCUGUAAAUAACGCAAAUUAUAGUAUGACAUAUUUUUUUCUCCGCAAUUAAUUCAUGGCGUAAAGUCAAAGAAUUUAGAUACUGUACUCUCGGCUCAAGAUGUCCCGGUUUUGUAAAGUAUAGCCAGUCAUGCACUGUACGCGGUUCAAAAAAUUCGCUGAAUCAGGUGAACAUAAAUCCACCAAUAAGCGUGAUUGGCUGUAAUACUCGUCAAAGUAACGGCUAACGAUCGGUUUUCGAGCGCGUUGAACAGUAACGGUUCAGUUUUUUCCGUCAGAUUCACAGCUUAAACUUUCAGUUUCUUAAAUCCUUUCCACGACGACAAUAAUGAAUUUUAUUUCGCAAUGUCGAAAAGAGUUCAGCAAACUAAUUUAAAAUUUAAAUCAAAACAAAAAUCAAAUUUGGGACUUUAAGUAAAAGAAUAAGUCUGGCUUUCCAACGAACCGUCUGAUUUCGAUUACUGGAGUACCCAAAGAAGGGUUCGAGCUGUUCAGACGGUUCAUUAGGCCUAAAAGACCGAACUCAUUGAAUUACGUGACGUCAGUAUAGUGUUGCAUGGAAAGACCAUACAAAACGGAGACAUCGUGAGUCGAGAGUACAGUAAUAUAUUUAAUAUAUAUACACCAUACUACUAUGCUGCACUUUAUUUUCGAACUUCGCAAAACUAUCUGGGCAAUCUAAGAAAUCGAAAGGGCUUCUAACGAGCAAGAGAAUGGAGGUGCGGCGGCAAACCGGCAUAAGAUGGAACGUCAGGGUGAACAUUCAUAAUUGGCAAAAACAAUACCAUAACCGUUUCAUGCACAAAAAUAAUCAGUUUUGCAGUUAUUCGGCAGAAUUAUUGACCUUUUGCAUCAGUGCAAGCCUUCCCAAAUCCGGCGUUAGUAUCAAGCUCUGGUGCGUUUCGAAUCAAUUUCACGCUGUGCUGAAUAGUUUGUGUAGCAUCACGAGGAAAACGAAGCAAUCCGCCCUGUCAUACCGAUGUCAAUACACAAUUACUGAUGUAAUUUUAGAUUACGCACUACGAUGUUUUCUUCAACGGCUUUCACAGCAUGGCUGUCAUAUUAUACUUAACAGGAAGGUAUUCUGUUGCAGUGGCCACGAUCGCUGCUGCUUCGAAUGAUGCGGCUAUUGGAUUCUCCUUUGACCACCCAAUACUAUCCAUGGAAACCGGCCCAAUGGAUUCGAAUGCGACAAGGCCCCAUAAUGUUUCCUUCUUAGUGCCUUCCAUCCACACCACGCGAUCUUAUACGUCACCCUCCACCACAUUGUUUGGACAUUCGCUAUCAAUCAGUCUGAUGAGCACCGGAAUAUUGGCUUUCACUUUCAACGGCUUAGCGCUGCUCUUUACGCUGACUAUCCAUAAACCCCUGCGGACACCGUUUAACAUGUAUGUUGUUGCGUUAAUGUGCACUAACGUCGUGUUCGUCUGUGUGGACCGGACAUUACUCGCUGUCGCGGAUACGUAUGGGACAUUGUGGCUAGGCAAAUCCCUGUGCACCUUACGCCUGUAUUCUCUCUACAUUUUCGCCCCGUUUAUCUACCACCACCACCUGCUCAUCACCGUGAAUCGCGCCUGGGCACUCUUCGGACCCAUCUCUUACCGUAACCGGCAUAAUCGCACCGUCGCCGUCAUGAUGUGCGGCGCAGUGCUCGCGUAUGUUCACAUCGUCAUGCUGGUUCCAUUAAUACGCGACCAUCUCUAUUUUCGUCAACCGCUGGAAAGAGGAUGCUAUCUCAAUACCGCCCGGCAGUUUGCGUACACGCAGUUCACGUCCAUCUGGAUGUUCGAUGUGCCGUGUGCGGCCAGUCCUGUCGCCUAUCCGUUGCUACUGUGGAAGAUGCUGUCCCUGCGACGGACAAGACCGGUUAAUACCAACGCUGUACAACGUAGGGCCGAAGGGAAGAAGGAAGCGUUCCAUCGCCCCUUUCGGCUGUUGACGUUGUAUACGUGCAGUACCCUGGUAUGCUGGGUGCCCAGUAUGUGCUACUAUAGGAUUCUGAGUAACUUCCCAACGCAAUCCGUUUGGGUCCCGACGUGUAUCUUGUCAUGUCAACUCUGUACAAUGUGCAGUCUGUCAUGGAUCCGCUUUUCUUCUGCUUGACGGUCGGCGAUGUACGGAAUUAUGCGUGUCGACUCUGCAAGGGGAGCCGAUAAUAAUCCAAUCGACGUAACUGGCGGCACCCCCGCCCAACCAAAGGCAGCCACGUAAAGCGGAUAGAAUCCACGCGCAGCAGCUAUUUCGUCGUCGUUGUCACUAAACGCAUGCUUCAGGAGCAUUAUACUCGCACAGAGUAACUAGUCACUGUUUUACUGCUUCAUGUCUGUUUUCUGUACUUGUAUCACCAUUUUUUUCCUGUUAUUUUUCGCUGCUGUUUUUCAAGGGGGGAGUGCAUCCGAUAUGGUACCGGCAUCAAAAUUUAAGUUUUUAAUAGGAUUUUGUGCAUAUGACAACAAAG